AUGGUUGACUGGGUUAGCCUCGUCAUUCCCUUUGCCUAUCUAGGCGUUCUCAUCGGCUCAUUGGCGACGUUCUCUUCGCUAUAUCGAAAGAGAAAAGCCGUCAAGUCUGCAUCUCUGAAGCCAUGGUUCCCCUCGCACAUUCAACGAGAUGUCUAUUUCUCACUUCUACACAUGGGUUCUCCUUCCGAUAUAAAGGAGAAAAAGAAACCGCCGGUCCCUGAAACGGUACUGAAAGCUGCGCUUCUCCGUCGUGCCGCCGAGGACCUUAAACGUCUAUUGCAACUUAGAAACCAGAAACCUGCGCUUGGCUCAUUGUUACAAAAGGGCAGUGUCGGGGAUGAAUUGUGGCAGCAGUUCUCCAGAGCGGAGAAAGAAUUGGAGGACGAGUUUAGAGAUGUUGUUGCCGAAGCGAACGCCUUUGUCCCAGGCUGGGGCCAAACAAUUUUCCAAUCUGCCAACGAAAUGACCUUGAACGCUAUAUUCCGACAGAGAGUCGAAGAUAUCCAGAUGACGGCAAAACAGGAGCGGGAGUGGUGGGACCGCAAGAAGGCAAGCAUUCAAGAGGGAUUUAUGAAAGAGCUAGAACAGGAAGAACAGCAGGGAGGAACGGCCUCGGUUUCGGCGGAAAAGAAGCCAGCUAGCUCCACUUCUGGAUCUGUGGCAGGCGAUAAACUUAUCAGUGAUGAUGAUACAGUCUUGGUGGAGGGUGGCGGACCGGCUGUAAAUGCUAGCGGUGCUGGCGGUGCAAAGAAGAAGAAGAAGGGCAAAAAAUGA